AGAGUGAGACGCAAACGCACAAGAUGAGCUACGCAGUUGUAAGAGCAAGUUUGGUACCUUCUCCCUCUUCGCCUCCUCUUCGUAAUGAAAAUGGAUCUCUUUCUUCACCCAACAAUGCCUCGCAGAACACGGGUGGUGGCGGCGGCUGCGCAGAGGUCCCGACCCAUAAUACUUCGAUGCCAACUGUUUCUGCUUCUGGGUAUAAUUGGCGUUUGGUUAUAGCAUACGAUGGCACCCGUUACGCAGGUUGGCAAUAUCAGCUGUCGCCACCAACCAUACAGUGCAUUGUGGAGAAGGCUCUAACUCGAACAACAAAGAUCGAAAGGAAGGAUCUUCGUUUGGUUGGUGCAAGUAGGACUGAUGCGGGAGUUCAUGCCUGGGGUCAGGUGGCACACUUUGUUACACCUUUCAACUAUGACAGCUUGGAAAGCAUUCAUGCAGCUCUCAAUGGUCUUCUUCCACUUGAUAUCCGAGUUCGAGAGAUUAGCCCUGCAGUGCCUGAAUUCCAUGCUCGAUUCUCAGCAAUAAGCAAGAUUUAUCAUUACAAAAUAUAUAAUGACGCCAUCAUGGACCCUUUUCAGCGUCACUGUGCUCAUCACAGUACCUAUAAACUUAAUACUACCCUCAUGAGAGAAGCAGCAAGUUAUUUUAUUGGAGAGCAUGAUUUCUCUGCUUUUGUCAAUGCAUCCCGCAAUGACCGAGUGCCAAAUCCAGUAAAGAAUAUAUUCCGUUUUGAUGUCAUUGAACUGGAAGCUCUUUUGCAGCUAGAAGUUGAAGGCUCUGGUUUCUUAUAUAGACAAGUGCGAAACAUGGUUGCUCUGUUGAUUCAAAUUGGAAAGGGAGCAAUUCCUCCAGAUAUUGUUCCCUUGAUUCUGACAAGUCAAGAUCGGAAGGAACUUGCUAAGUAUGCCUUGUCUGCCCCACCUCAUGGGCUGUGCCUUGUAAAUGUAAGGUAUAAUGAAGAGCACCUACGGCUUCCAUCAGGCUGUCCCAAAACCAGUUUUGGCAGGCAACAUACAGUGAGAAAAUGUAAGCUUCCAUUCUACUAAAGGUCCAGCUACGUCAAAACAGGAAAAAGAAAAUAUCGCUCGAGAAAUUGUUCAUGCCAUUGUAACUUCCAAUAUAUGUGGUUACAAUAUAGGAAUUGUUCCGUGCCCUUUGAAAUGGAGAGAAUCCUUAUCCGACUGGAUGGGAACAGUUCACUUCACCUGUUUUAUUUAGUUGGAUGAUCUCUUUGAACAGUGGAACUGCAUCAUUAAGGGGCAGACACUAUUUUUCGUAUCAUUUUUUAUUGGGGAUUUUUUGUUAGAGGCAUCAUGCAACAUGUAACAGUUUAAUGAGAAGCGUUUAACAGCAGCAUGAGAUUCUGAAGUACAUCUGUUUAGAUUAUUAUUGAAAAUCAAGUUGGUGCUA